UCUGUUGCGAUGGUAACGAUUAUUUUACAUCGAUCACGCAGUUUGGCGUUACUUGAAUGCGUUGGUGACCUGUGGUCAAACAUUGUUGUGUUAAAUAUAUAAAGACGUCUUCAAGAUGAAGAUAGAAGAAGUUAAAAGUACAGCCAAAACUCAAAGGAUUUCAGCACACAGUCAUAUUAAGGGAUUAGGUUUGGAUGAUGGUGGGACAGCAAUUCAAAUGGCAGCCGGAUUAGUUGGUCAGGAAUCAGCACGUGAAGCUGCAGGAAUUGUAGUGGACAUGAUUAAAAGCAAGAAAAUGGCUGGCCGAGCAUGUCUUCUAGCAGGACCACCAGGAACUGGAAAAACAGCAAUAGCUCUCGCAAUUGCUCAGGAAUUGGGUAACAAGGUUCCAUUUUGUCCCAUGGUUGGCUCAGAAGUUUACAGUUCUGAAAUAAAGAAGACAGAAGUAUUAAUGGAAAACUUCCGCCGAGCUAUUGGAUUAAGAAUCAAAGAAACAAAAGAGGUUUAUGAAGGUGAAGUGACUGAGUUAACACCUGUAGAGACAGAAAAUCCAAUGGGAGGGUAUGGCAAGACUAUAAGCCAUGUCAUAAUUGGACUUAAGACAGCGAAAGGUACAAAACAGCUGAAGUUAGAUCCAUCAAUUUAUGAAUCGCUGCAGAAGGAGAAGGUGGAGACAGGUGAUGUAAUUUAUAUCGAGGCAAACAGUGGCGCUGUUAAACGACAGGGCCGAAGCGAUACCUUUGCAACAGAGUUUGAUCUCGAGGCAGAGGAGUAUGUUCCACUUCCAAAAGGAGAUGUGCACAAGAAGAAGGAGGUUAUCCAAGAUGUGACACUGCACGACUUAGACAUUGCUAAUGCAAGACCGCAGGGAGGCCAAGAUAUCCUGUCCAUGAUGGGACAGCUAAUGAAACCAAAGAAAACAGAAAUUACAGACAAACUACGGAAGGAAAUUAAUAAAGUGGUCAACAAGUAUAUAGACCAGGGCAUUGCAGAAUUGGUUCCUGGAGUCCUAUUCAUUGAUGAGGUUCAUAUGUUGGAUAUUGAAACCUUCACAUACCUUCACCGGGCUCUGGAGAGUGCUAUUGCUCCCAUUGUCAUCUUUGCAACAAAUCGUGGGCGUUGUGUUAUAAGGGGUACUGAAGACAUUAUUUCCCCACAUGGAAUACCUCUGGAUCUUCUUGACAGGCUCCUUAUUAUCCGUACAUUGCCAUAUUCCCGUGCAGAGAUGGAACAAAUUCUUAGACUCCGAGCACAGACAGAGGGCAUACAAAUUGAUGAUGAAGCUCUUAGUAUGUUGGGGGAUAUUGGCACAAAAACAACUCUCCGGUAUGCUGUUCAGCUGUUAACACCAUCAUCUCUGACUGCGAAAGUAAAUGCACGAUCAGUUAUUGCUAAAGACGACAUUCAAGAAGUUGGGGAACUAUUCUUGGAUGCAAAAUCAUCAGCGAAGAUUCUUUCACAGCAUAAGGACAAAUAUAUGAAGUGACCAUUUUCAGCAACUCAACUUGUUUUAAUAGGGACUCCAGAGGCUGUCGACAUAUUUCUGAUUCAAAUGAUGUACCGAACUCAUACCUGAAUGACACUACAAAGCUGUGGUCAUAAUCUGAAGCAAACUUAUAAUUGACAUAAAUUUGUUUUCAGUAUUUGAAACAGUACUAACAUGUUUCACCUAGCUCUGAACUUCAUAGCAAGUAAUACUUUGUUGUAAUUUUUAUCAUGUAACCUAAUUAUUAUAGAAAUGCCUCAUUAUUAAACUUUUUCUCCUCAG